AUGGAUGACCGGAUUAGUAAGUUGCCAGAAGAAAUCCUCGGUCGCAUUAUCUCAUUUCUCCCCUCUGAAGAUGCUUUUGCCACUCGUGUCCUUUCUAAGAGGUGGAGGCCACUAUGGCAUGUAUAUCCUAGUCCCAAUCUUGACUUUGAUGAUCAAAGAUUUCUCAGAAAAGGAGAACCAUAUUUCAGCUUUAAAGAUAUGGUAAAUGUAACCAUUAAUGAAAGAAGUGAGCACCAACCAAUCAAGAGCUUUCGCCUAAGGUGUCAUGAAUCUCAUGAUAGCUUUACGGGUGAAUUCAGUACAAUGUUAUUGUUAAUGGCCACAGCAGAACGCAGAAUGGAGUACAUUGACAUUCAUAUGUCUGAUAACUGGAAAUUGAAUAUCACUUGUUUUAUGUUUUGUUUUAGUAACCUCGUUGUUCUAAAGUUGAAGUUUGUGUGCCUAAAUCUUUUUAUAUCUGCCAACCUGCCCUCACUUAAAAUUUUACAUUUGAAUAGUGUUUAUUUUAUGGAACAUGGUUUUAUUUUGGAAAUUCUUAAUGCUUGUCCAAUUCUUGAAGAUCUGGAAAUGAAGAAUAUAUCAAAUGGGUAUUGGUCAGAUGAAUAUGAUGAAGAAGUUAAAAAAUUAAACAAUUUGAUCAGAGCUGAUGUUUCUAACGUGUCUGGUUAUGAUAUUGAUUUGGAUGUCUUUUCCAGUGUUGAGUUUCUUCGGAUAGAAGAGAUGUAUGGGGUAGUUCCUGUGUUUUCCAAGUUAACUCAUUUGGAGAUUGUAUUUGGAGGAAGUAUUCAUUGGUGUUUUAUAACUUCUGUCAUGAAGAAUUGUCCUAUUCUUCAAUUUAAAAGCUGUACUAUUACAAAUUAUAGAGGACAGAAAAAUGAGUUGCUAUUUGUAAAAAGUAUUUUGUUGAAUUCUACAUCUUUGGAGAACUUGAGAUUAUACAGUUCACCUUCUUUGAAUACCCAAGAAAAGCUUGAUAUGAAGAAGGAAUUAUUGGCAUUCCCAAAGAUUUCUGUUACAUGUGGGAUUUUAGUCUUUCUUAAGCUUGUUUCUUUGGAUUUUGAUCCUUGA